CUCUUCAGGUUGGCUGCUCCAAAACAGAAUUUGGGAGGCACCACACAGUCUUCGUUUGGACCAGGUGGAUUCACAUUUGGAAAUGCUCCUGCCAGCACCACUACUGUUGCUGCCACCACAGCAGCUCCCACUGGCUUUUCAUUUGGCAGUACACUGCCAAACCAGACCACUACAGCUGCCGGAUUCAGCUUUGGUGCUUCCACAACACAGCCUGGGUUUAAUCUUGGUGGAAGUACUGGGCAGGUGGGAAGUUCAUUGAGCUUCGGCAGUACAGCUCCGUCAACACCAGCAGCCCCUACUGGGUUUUCUUUUGGAAGUGCAAAUACUGCCACCACCACUGCUACUUCCACACAGCCUGCUGCUCCAGCUUUCAGCCUAGGAGGGCAGUCAACAGGAUUCAGCUUUGCAAGUUCUCAAGCUGCACCAGCAGUAGCACCCAUGAGUCAGCCAUCAGGUUUCAUACUGGGCGUUAAGCCCACAGAGACUGUUGCUCCUACUCCUGCAACUACUGCUGCAUCCGCUGCUGCUUCCAUAACAUCGAAUGCACCUUUACUCUUUGCAUCUAUUGUGAGUUCCUCAGUGCCAGCCACUUCGGCCACACCUAGCUUCCUGUCAACCACCACACCAUUAAGUGGAAGUCUGAGCCUAGGAUUUAAAGCACCCCCAACAGCAGCCACAGCAACAUCUCUUCCUACAGCCACCGGCACAGGUUUGGGCAGUGGAUUUUCUUUAAAACUGACCACCACUACCAUCACUAGCACUACUGCCUCUCUUCCCAUCGCUAGUACGACAUCCAUUGGUUUGGCAGCUACAACAACCAGUGCAACACCUAGCACAAUCAUCAGCACCACAGCAACUGCUGCAACCAGCAUGCCUUCAGUGAUGACUUAUGCGCAGCUGGAGAGCCUAAUUAACAAGUGGAGUUUAGAGCUGGAAGAUCAGGAGAAGCACUUCCUGCAUCAGGCGACACAAGUCAAUGCAUGGGACCGCAUGCUGAUUGAGAAUGGAGAGAAGAUAACCAGCUUGCACAGAGAAGUUGAAAAGGUGAAACUGGAUCAGAAAAGGUUGGAUCAAGAGUUGGAUUUCAUCCUUUCCCAGCAGAAGGAGCUGGAAGACCUCCUUUGCCCACUGGAAGAGUCUGUGAAAGAGCAGACUGGUACCAUAUACCUACAGCAUGCAGAUGAAGAGCGCGAGAGAACGUACAAACUGGCAGAAAACAUUGAUGCUCAGCUGAAGCGAAUGACUCAAGACCUUAAGGAGAUUAUUGGGCACCUGAACUUAUCCAGUGGUCCUGCAGAUACAAGUGACCCACUUCAGCAGAUAUGCAAAAUUCUGAAUGCCCACAUGGACUCACUGCAGUGGAUCGAUCAGAACUCUGUGUUCCUGCAAAGGAAGGUUGAAGAAGUUUCUAAAGUAUAUGAGAAUCGCCGUAAAGAACAAGAGCGAAGUUUUCGAAUUACAUUUGACUAGGAAACAACUGAAAUAAGAUUUUUUUCGUCAGACCUUUGUUCCAUUUUUGUUUAUUUGUGUGAAUAAAUUGCUUUCUGUAA